AUGCAAGGAGUAUUAUCUACAGAUACAUCAAAUGAUGAUGAUAAUACAGAAUAUUCACUUGAUCAACUUGCUGCUAAUGUACCAUCAACAAAUUUUUAUCCAUUUAAAAGUUUAUCAAAUUCUCGUAAACGUUUCAAACGUCCGAGUUGGGCAACUGUUGGAAAACGUUCAUCAAUUUCACUUAAAAAACGACCAUCAUGGGCACAAGUUGGUUAA